UUCUGAUAACUUUUUCUAAAAUUAUAAAUAACGUUUAGUGCGGAAAAAUCACUUAUUCGGUGAUUUUUCUGCAUUACAAUCGCGUUACAUUAUUAAUUAUUUCAUUAAUUCAGUUAACUAUUAAGAAAUACAGUUACAGAGAAAAGACAUACAUCAUGACGAACACAGACAUCAGUGAUACGAACGAACAAGCAAACACUAUAAGUAACGUGACAGAACAAACAGAUGUUAACAAUACAGAUGAACAAGAGGACGUUAAAAAUACAAACAAGCAGGUUAAUAAUGCGAAUGGACAAACAGAUCUUAACAAUGUGUGUAUGCACAUAUCGACGUGCAUGGAAAUCAAGAUGGAGCCCAGCCUUACCGAAGAAAAAAAAUGGGAACGAACAGGAACAAUCUAUCAACUAUUGAUGGCCUUAUGUGCCAAUGUUGUGGUGUUGGGUCCAGCAAUGGGUUUCGGUUACAGCGCUGUAGCGGAACGUGCGAUGAGAGCGGAGAAAGCUGACGGUGAUUUACAACUUGAUGCUUAUCAAGCAAAUUGGAUGGCUACUGUAUCAGCGUUAGGUACACCUAUCGGUUGCCUACUCUCGAGCGUCGUGAUGGGACGAGGAAGAAAAAUUAGCAUGUAUGUGACAUCAUUGAUCUCAAUGGCGGGUUGGGUGACCAUUUACAUGUCCAACAGUUACGUACAAAUCUUGGUUGGGAGAUCAGUUUCCGGAAUAGCCACUGGUAUGGCAUCGGUUCCAACGACGGUAUACGUGGGGGAAAUAGCGGGACCGAAAUGGCGAGGCACGAUGGUUACAUGGACUAGUAUUUCUAUCGCUCUCGGUGUUCUCAUUGUUUACAUCUUCGGAUAUAUUUUUCAGGAUAAUUGGCGACUAGUGGCUUUAAUAUGCGCUUUAUUUCCACUGUGCGCGAUCGCCCUCGCUUUACUGGUGGUACCCGAGAGUCCUUUGUGGUUGCGAGAUCGAAAUCGGCCCGAUGAAGCGCUGGAGAUCAUGAAAAAGUUCCGCGGAAUACCAAAGGACCAGCCAGCACCGGCGGAAGUCUUGUUUGAACUAAAACCGCGUCAGCAGAAGAAGAAUCAAAACGUGCUGAAAUACCUGACAAAAAGGAGCUCUCUAGUACCGUUCGGCAUAAUGGUCGGCUUCUUCUUUUUCCAACAAUUCGCCGGGAUCUUCGUUGUCAUAUACAACGCCGUUAUAAUUAUGGAUAAAUCGGGUGUUCAAGUAGAUCCUUUCUUCGGAGCAAUAUUGAUAGGCAUCGCUCGUUUUAUAGCCAGCCUCUUAACAGCAGGUGUGUCCCGAAAAUUCGGUCGACGAAUACCAUCGGUGAUUUCCGGCAUUGGGAUGACGAUUUUCAUGGGAGGGUUGUCACUUUAUUUAUUCCUAAUUGAAAAGGGAACUGUCAUGGCGGAUAAUGGAGUAGUCCCGGUGAUUUGCAUGGUGAUGUACAUAUUCACAAGCACCUUGGGUUUCCUGGCGAUACCGUUCGCUAUGGUAGGCGAAAUAUUUCCGUCCAAAGUUAAAGAUAUAUUAUCCGGCAUGACGGUCGCCCUAGGUUAUGUCUUUAGUGCGAUAACCAUUAAGAUGUAUCCAAAUAUGGAAAAACUGAUGAACAUGUACGGCGUGUUCCUUUUUUUCGCGACCAUUUCUUUAAUUGGUGUAAUAUUUAUCUUAUUAUUCUUGCCCGAAACAAAGGGAAAGACCCUACGCGAGAUCGAGGACAUGUUCUCGACAAAAAAGAAGGUCUUCGAAUUGCAAUCGGUGGCAGAAAGAGUAGUCGAAGAAGUAAUUGUUCCGACUCCCGUCGAUCUUCUUCAAAGAAAUUGAGAAUAUUUAUUGCU